AUGGAACCUUUGAUUGUCUGGUCCGGGAUCGAGGCUGCUUGGCCGCCUGCAUUUUGGAGAUGGGCUGGCCUCCAGCGCAAGCGCACCAAGUGCUCGCGCUUGGACGCGCCCUCCUGCCUCAUCAUCGGCGACGCCGCACACUCGGUCACGCCAGUGUUUGGGCAGGGCGCCAACUCGGCCCUUGAGUCGUGCCUGGUGCUGGACGGCGUGCUGGCCGCCGCGGACGGCGACCCAGCCGCGGUGCCGGCCGCGUUCACGGCUGCGCGGCUGGAGGAUGCCCACGCGCUGCAGGAGGUGGACCGGCUGGCCUACUCCUUCUUCAGGCGCCGCGGCAUCUUCGACACCGACUUUCUGGCGCUGCUGGCCCACGUGCUGCUGGGCACCAUCCUGUCCAAGGUCGUGCCCUUCCUCUACGGCGCCAAGCCCGCGCUGCUGCAGCUGGGGGCGGGCCUGCCCUACAGCAAGAUCCUCAAGGCCGUGCGGAGGGACGCGACGGCGGCCGCGGUUGGGCUGGCGGCGGUCGGGGUGUGGCUGGGGACCCGCAUCGCCGCGCGGCUGGCCACGGGCGGGGCAGCUUGA